AUGAGGAAGCCGGAGAGCGGGGCGGCGGCGGCGGCGUGCGUGGGGAGCAAUGCGGGGGCGGCGGCGGCGGCGAAGCUGAGGAAGGGGCUGUGGUCGCCGGAGGAGGACGAGAGGCUGGUGGCGUACAUGCUGCGGAGCGGGCAGGGGUCGUGGAGCGACGUGGCGAGGAACGCCGGGCUGCAGCGCUGCGGCAAGAGCUGCCGGCUCCGGUGGAUCAACUACCUCCGCCCCGACCUCAAGCGCGGCGCCUUCUCGCCGCAGGAGGAGGACCUCAUCGUCAACCUCCACGCCAUCCUCGGCAACCGGUGGUCUCAGAUCGCUGCCCGGCUGCCGGGGCGCACCGACAACGAGAUCAAGAACUUCUGGAACUCCACCAUCAAGAAGCGCCUCAAGAUCACCUCCUCCUCGUCGGCGUCGGCGUCUCCGGCGACCACCGAGUGCGCCUCGCCGCCGGAGCACAAGCUCGGCGCCGUCGUCGACGCCGUCGUCGUCGGCGGCGGCGGCACAACCGCCGGCCAGCAGCUCGACGUCACCGCCGGCGGCGCCCACCAAGACGACGUCGGGGCUACGGCUACGGCCACGGCCACGGCGCAUGGACACCACCACGCAGCUGCCAUGAAGAGCAUGUGGGUGGACUCCUCGUCGUCGUCGUCCUCCUCCUCCUCCUCGUCAAUGCAGAGCCGGCCGUCGAUAAUGGCGGCGGCGGCGGUGGGUAGGAGCUACGGCGGCCAGCUCCUCCCCCUGCCCGACCAAGUCUGCGGCGUCGCUGACACGCCGCCGCCGUUCUUCCACGACCACCACUCUGUUUCUACCCCGUUCAAGCAUGGCUCUCACUCUCACCACGCAUUAUUUCAUGGAGGCUACUAUGGAUCAAGUGGCCACCACGGGAUCGCCAUGGAUGGAAGCUUCAUUGGAGGAGGAGGAGGAGGAGAUCACAGCAACAUCCUCUUCAGUGCAGUGUCACCAUUACUAGACUACCCCAGCAUAGAAGCAGCAGCAGCAGAAGACCACACCAUGAUCAACAUCAACAACAACCCUAAAACCGGCAGCAUCAGCAUCAGCAGCAACACAACUGCUGAGACAGCAGCCACACUGAGCAGUAACAUCACAGACAACAACAGCAACGGCAACAGCAACAUCAGGAACAGUAAUAACAACAUGAGCAGCAGCAUUAGCCUAAUGAACAGCAGCAACAUGGUCUACUGGGAUGAGGGUCACCACCACCAUCACCAACAGCAGCAGCAGCAGCACAUGAGCAGGAAUGUCAUGGGAGAGUGGGACUUGGAGGAAUUGAUGAAAGAUGUGUCAUCCUUGCCUUUCCUUGAUUUCCAAGUUGAAUGAUUGAGGGGGGCCCAAUCUUAAUUCUCCUAGAGCUGCAUGCUGUGUUGCCAAGGAGUAUAUAUACAUGCAUAUAUAUACAUAUAUACAUACAUACAUACAUACAUACACAUUGAAGGUAGUAUAUUUUUUUUCCUCCUUUGACACAUUCUUCUCUCCCAAUAUGUACAAGAUUUCUCACAACCACUUCACUUUUGAUCUUGCGUAUAUAUAAAUAUCUUCAAAUUCAUCCUUGUAUACAGAAUUACAUAUUCAUGUCAU